CCCAAGAUGGCGGCGCCCAUACGCGAUAGGGGCGUGACGCGAAGGAUGCUGGCGGCGGCCGAGGCUCUGCUGGGGCGGCGGCUGAGGUGGCCGGUACCGGUUCGCGAGCACUGGAGACCGGCCGGGCAUUCACGGAGCAGGCGGGAGGCGGCUGAGGCCGAAGGGGACGCUCCGGUGUUCCAGUACGUGGGCUCGCGCGCGACUCGCGCGGAUCGCGUCUUUGUGUGGGGCUUCAGCUUCUCGGGGGCUCUCGGAGUGCCCACCUUCGUGGUGCCGUCCUCGGGGCCCGAACCCCGCUCCGGCCUGCGGCCCCGACGCAGGAUCCAACCGGUUCCCUACCGCUUGGAGUUGGACCAUAAGAUUUCCUCUGCUGCCUGUGGCUAUGGAUUCACAUUGCUAUCUUCAAAGACCAAGGAUAUUACAAAAGUUUGGGGUAUGGGACUCAACAAAGAUUCUCAGCUUGGAUUUCACAGGAGCCGGAAGGAUAAAACCAGGGGCUAUGAGUAUGUUUUGGAGCCCUCGCCUGUCCCGCUGCCCCUGGAUAGACCUCAGGAGACAAAGGUGUUGCAGGUGUCCUGCGGCCGGGCACACUCCCUUAUCCUGACCGACAGAGAAGGUGUCUUCAGCCUGGGUAACAAUUCCCACGGGCAGUGCGGACGGAAGGUGGUGGACGAUGAAGUGUACAGCGAGAGUCACAAAGUGCACAGGAUGCAGGACUUUGAUGGACAGGUGGUCCAGGUUGUCUGUGGUCAGGACCACAGCCUGUUCCUCACAGACAGAGGUGAAGUCUAUUCUUGUGGAUGGGGUGCCGAUGGACAGACCGGCCUGGGUCACUACAACAUUACCAGCACACCCACCAAGCUGGGUGGAGACCUUGCCGGGGUGAUGGUUGUCCAGGUCACGACCUACGGUGAUAACUGCUUGGCUGUGUCUGCCGAUGGAGGUGUCUUUGGCUGGGGAAAUUCUGAGUACCUGCAGCUGGCUUCGGUCACCGACUCCACACAGGUUAAUGUCCCCCGGUGCCUGCCUUUCUCUGAAGUAGGCAAAGUGAAGCAGGUGGCUUGUGGUGGCACAGGCUGUGCUAUAUUGAAUGAAGAAGGACACAUUUUCGUCUGGGGCUAUGGAAUUCUCGGGAAAGGACCAAAUCUCUUGGAAACGGCUCUUCCAGAAAUGAUUCCACCUACGCUCUUUGGCUUGACGGAGUUCAACCCUGAAGUCCGGGUUUCCCAGAUCCGAUGUGGGCUUAGUCACUUCGCUGCACUCACCAGUGACGAUGCCCGGAGAGCCAGUGGACAUGGCAUGUGGUGUGGAUCACAUGGUGACCCUGGCCAAGUCAUUCAUCUGAACCUCUUCCCAGGCCCAUCCCAGUCUGGCCCCAGCCUCCGAGCCAUACUGACAGCAACAGCUUGGCAGAGGGGUGUGGACACCAGCAGAGCUUCUGAGGGUAUUGGAGAGGGCCAGGGCCUUUGCGGAGCAGGAUGCAAGCGUCUGUGUCCUCAGUGGGGACUUUACACUAGGCAGUGUGUGGACAGGGCCCUUCCCCAGCCGAGCCUCUUGCCUUCUGAACUGAGCACAGGAUGGCUACCACUGACUUGGCAUGCUCCCGAGGAGUACCAGGGCAUGAGGACCUUGGCUGGCCAGGCCAGUUCUCUUUCCAGGUAAUACAUGGUGGCAUCUGGGGACUAGACUCUAUUAUUAGGGGAAGUUCACUCUUCAUGACACAUUUGAUGUUAAGAGCUUGGAGACAUGACAAGGCGCUCAGAAGAACUCUCCGUCCCUUGUUACAACAACACACACUUGGGCCUCUCGCUGGCCCUAGCUCAGCAAGAGAGCCCGCUGACUUCAGAAGGGCUUCUCUGAUCAGCUGCCACCCCACAAAGACAGUCCAGGAGCCCAGAAGGCCUUGGCUUGAGGCUCUUCCUGUAGCGGCUGCUGUGAACCAGCCUUCUCCCAGGAGUCUACAGUACCCCAGCUUUGGAACCUCCUCACUGCCUGGUUUAACAGUCCUGAAGCCCCUGAAGAAAGAAGCUGCAGGCCAAAUGUUUGUGGGCUGAGGGCUGUGGAAUCUUGGCUGGAGGGCCAGCCUUGGAGUAGAAAGCCUCAGGAACUGGGAAAAAUAUUUGUUUUUAAGAAAGCUUGUCUUUUGCUUUCAGAACAGUGUUUGAAAAGGUCUUUUGGAAUAAAGUCUAUUUUCUGCUUUUUUAAAGAA